AUGGCAAGCAAACUCCACAGCGCACCACCUUUUCGCGCCGAGCACAUGGGCUCCCUGCUGCGUCCGGACAAGCUGCUCGAAGUUCGUGCCAAGAUCCGCGACGAAGGGUUGUCCGAAGAGGCAGCUGGUCUGCCCGCCGUGGAGAAGGAAGCCGUUGCAGACGUGGUCAAGCUCCAGAAAGACGCCGGCUUCAAGGCCAUUGGGUCCGGCGAGUACAACCGGACCCGGUUCUGGGGUCUGAUGUGGGAUGAAUUUGAAGGAACCAUCCGUCUCCAAGACGCCGACGCCUCCAUCUUCCGUCUCUAUCACCCGGAUGUGGUCAGUCUUAUCGAGAAAGACCGCAAGGUCAUGCCGGGCGACUCCGUGAUCGCCGGCUCGAAGCUCUCCUGGAACCCUGCAAAGUCCACCUCCAACCUCCACGAGCUCAAGCUGGUGCAGCAGGCCCUUCCGGAAAGCGAGUGGGGCAACAUCAAGCUGACGAUGAUCACUCCCGCUUGGUUCCACAUGCGGUACAAGCAAGGCAAAGCGUACACGCCCGAGGCCUACGCCAACGAUGCCGAGUACUUCGACGGCGUGGCCAAGGUGUACCAGGCGGAGCUGGACGCCCUGUACAAGGCGGGUCUGCGCAAUGUGCAGUUCGACGACCCCGGCAUGGCUUACUUCUGCUCCAAGGAGUUCCGCAAAGGCUGGGAGGAAGAUAAGGACAACGAGGGGACGGUGGAGGACCUGCUUGAUGCGUACAUUAAGUUGUACAAUGAUUCGAUUAGCAAGACGCCGGAAGACAUGCAUACGGGGAUCCAUCUGUGCCGGGGCAACUUCAUUGGUGGGCGUCACUUUUCGGAGGGAUCGUACGAUAUUAUCGCGAAGAAACUGUUUGAGAAUCUGAACGUGAACACGUUCUAUCUGGAGUAUGAUACCGAGCGGGCUGGGGGCUUUGAGCCUCUCAAGUAUCUUCCUAAGAACAAGAAUGUUGUGGUGGGAGUGAUCAGCACGAAGCUCCGGGCGCUGGAGGACAAGGAGGCGAUGAAGGAGCGCAUCUACAAGGCUGCCGAGUUUGUGGCUUCGGGCAGUGGGGAGUCGCGGGCGGAGGCGCUGAAGCGCAUCUGUGUCAGCCCUCAGUGUGGCUUCAGUACCCACGAGAGCGGUUACCCGUUGUCUGUUGAGGACGAGAAGAAGAAGCUGGGUCUUGUCCGCCAAAUUGCUGAUGAGAUCUGGGGCGAACCAUAA